CGCAGCCUGGUGAACUUUGCUGACUGGAGCAUCCAUGUCUGCAUUGUUUCCUUGAUCAAUCCAUAGAUAACGAAGUGGGGGGAGAUGCCGUUCCAGCGACCUCGGGAUGGACAGGUGCAAUACAAGUAGCGGCUUGCGACUCCAAGAUCGCCCAGAACUGCCUCUUUCUUCAGCUCCCGCAGCAGCCGUUGUUGCACUAGUUACAGCGAGACAGCUUAGGGAUCGCAAGGAUGAAGGUCUUCAACCCGUCACCGGCCACCGCCGCGUGGCUCGCCGGUCUCGCACUGGUGCCCGCCUACACCUCGGCCCUUGCUACGCCACAAGCGCCCUCGGCUCGGGGGGUCGACUGCCACGGGGGGCCGGCGCCCGUGGUCCUCCGCCACUGGCCGCCGGCUGCGGCCAAGGCGCUGGGGACGAUGAUAUCCCGCAACGCGCACGCGGGCAACUAUGCCGUGUUCGACAUGGACAACACGUCGUGGCGCUACGACGUCGAGGAGUCGCUGCUGCCGUACCUCGAGAGCCGGGGCGUGCUGACGCGCGACAACAUCGACCCGUCGCUGCGGCUGAUUGCCUUUGAGGACACGCCCGAGUACACCGAGUCGCUCUACAGCUACUACCAGCGGCUGUGCGAGGUGGACAUUACCAUCUGCUACCCCUGGGCCGCGCAGGUCUGGAGCGGCCUGACGCUGCGCGAGCUCAAGGGCUACGUCGACGAGCUCAUGGCGCUCAACACGACCAUCCCUGUGCGGUACUGGAGCGCCGGCGAGCUCGUCGACGACGAUGUGUCGCCGCCGCGCAUCUUCCAGGGCCAGGUCGAGCUGUACAACGCCCUCAUGGACAACGGCAUCGCCGUCUACGUCAUCUCGGCGUCCUCCGAGGACCUCGUCCGCGCCGUGGCCAGCGACCCGCGCUACGGCUACAACGUGCCCCCCGAGAACGUCAUUGGCGUCAGCACGUACCUCCGCAACGCGACCGACGGCACCCUCACCACCACCCGCCGCCAGCUCGCCGACGGCGUCUACGACGCGGAGCGCAACCUCGACCUCGUCAUCGGCCCUUACCUCAACACCCCGGCCGUCUGGUUCGCGGGCAAGUGGGCCGCCAUCCUGACCUACAUUGACGAGUGGAAGCGGCCCGUCCUCGCCGCGGGCGACACCCCUGGCAGCGACACGUACAUGAUCUUCCACGGCGUCGACGUGGCCAAGGGCGGCGUCCACCUCUGGAUCAACCGCAAGGACACGUACUAUGAGAAGCUGCAGGGCAUGAUUGCCGACGCGGCGCAGGCCCAGCGCGAGAACGGGCUCGAGGUGACGGUGGACAAAAACUGGGUCGUGGUGAAACCCGAAGACAUCCUGUGAGGUCUCCACCUUUUAUUGCGGGUGAUGGUCGAUGUAGAUAUUCGUAGACAACGUAAUACAGACUAUCGCAAGUAAAUUCCAUGGCAGUCG